AUGAACCGAUCAAAUAUUCAUCUUCUGGAUUUACCUGAUGAAAUAUUACUUAUUAUUUUGAAGAAGUUGAACAAUAUUGAUGUACUUUAUUCUUUAUUCGAUAUUAAUAAUGAACGACUUGAUAUUCUUGCACAAGGAAUCACUUUCACUGACAUUCUGAAGUUUGUCUCCAUUGAUAAUAUUCCUAUAAUUGAUCGAUUCUGCAUUGAUAUAUUACCAAGGAUUAAUCAUAAUGUGAAAUGUUUUGCUUUUGAUCCAGUUUUUAUGGAACGUAUUCUUCUUGCUACUGACUAUCCGAAUUUAACUAAGCUUACAAUUAUUCAUUUUCAGAAAGCAAUCGCUUUAAAUUAUUUUACAGAUGAAUCAUCACUUCGAUCUAUUUUUCAAGAACAAAUUACAAAUCUUAUUCUCAUCAGUGAUGAUGAAAAUGAAAUGGAAUGUUUACCGAAUAUUUAUGCUGAAGAUGUAUAUGCUCACAUUCUGAUCUUUUUCAAAAAUUUAAAAAAAUUAAGUUUCAUGAAAUCAUCUGUUGUGUUAGAUUCACGUUUACCAUUUUAUUUUUCACCAUGCACUACUUUUUCAUCUCCGAUUCUUACUCAUUUACAUAUCAAUGUUGAAACUUUAGAAGAUUGUUUUUAUUUACUUGAUGGCCGACUUAAAGAAUUGACAACAUUGUAUGUUAAUGUCCAUCAUAUGGACACAUUUUCGGGAUUUGAUCACAAUAUGAAUAAAAAAUUAUUGAAUCUAAAAUGUUUCUCAUUAAAAUCGUCCUAUCCAUUUCAAAAAUAUGAUAUAAUUGUAUUACUUCUUCGUCGAAUGUCAAAUCUGGAAAAAUUAACUCUAAAUAUUUCUGUAGAAGGUCGAAAUAGUAUCAUUGAUGGUACUUAUGUUCAACAUGAUAUUUUAGAUCAUAUGCCACAACUUCGUUCAUUCACUUUCUAUAUUUGUACUUAUAUCGGUCCGAUUACUUUACCCUAUAAGUUAUCUAGUGAAGAUGUUCAACAAACAUUAACAAAUAUUGGACAACAACAUGUCAGUAGUAUAGUCAAUUAUUUUACUGGUUGUGUCAAUUCUGAUUUUGGUAUCGGAGUUGCAUGCUCAAUUUUCUCACUUCCCUUUGAAUUUGAUUAUCUCCAAGAUCUUGGCAAUAGAUUUCCAAAUAUUGUAUUCAGUUAUGUUACUUAUUUAGUUAUACGAGAUAUUAUUCCAUUUGAACAUGAAUUCUUCAUGCGAAUUGCUCGAUUGUUUCCAUUACUGAAGCAUUUAUGUAUUCGGAAUAAAAAAUCACAAGAAUUGGAUGGUCUUAUGACAUUUUCGUCUGACAAUUGUCAAUUAAAUUCAAUUAUUGAAUACCCCCAUCUAACUAUACUUGAUGUCAAAUUUUCACAUAGAGAUUAUGUUGCACAAUUUUUAAAUGAAACAAAGACAUUUAUACCGUAUCUGACGGAAUUUGGAGUGUCAUUUGUUGACGAUUUAAAAGCUGUAACAAAAGACUUUACAAGCGAAGAAACACGACGCAAUUGUGCUAAGAUGAAAAUCAUUCAUUGUUUGUUGUUCAGCCUAUUUAUAUCAAUCUCAUGGAGCAUUGAUGGUCAAUUAAUAAAAGAAGAUUUAAAUAAACUAUUGAAUUUAGAUUGUUCAAAUCCAAUGGUAACUCUUCAUGUAUUUUCUGCUACACCAAAUCCAGUUUGGAUGAUAAAUAUAAAACAAAUAAUUCCAAUGAAAAAUUUAGUAAAAAAAAUUUUAAAUGAUUAUGAAAAUCAUUUAUUACCAAUAAAUUCAACAAGAACUGUAGGUUAUCAAGGUUUUACAAUAAGUUGUUCUUCUGAUAAUGAAAUAUUUAUCCAUGGUUUAAAUUCGCUUGAAAAUCAACUAUUAGAGAGUGGAAAAUCAUAUCUUUCAAAGACAAUUAUUGAACAUGUUAGUGAAAAUCUUGGAAAAUCUUUAUUUUUAACUAAAUAUACAAGUUUAACUCGUAUUAAUUGUGAUCUUGUACCGAUAAAAGGUUCAGAUAAAGUUCCAACAUUUAGUCCGCAAACUGGAAAUGGUGGAUGUUUUGUUAAAAAACAAUCGAAAAAUAAUUGUUAUGCAUAUGGUACGAAUAUUGUUACAAACACAUAUCCUCAACCAGGUCGUUAUAGCGGAACACAGUUAUCAGCGAUUACAUGCGAAACAGUACGAAAAGCUGCUGUAUUAGAUGGUCUUGUUUAUUAUGGAACAAAUUUGCCAGUUGGUCAUCCAAAAAGUGGUCAUUUUGUUGCUUUACUUCUUUGGCCAAAUGCAGAUUAUCAUUGGAUAAGAAAGGAUGCAACUGGUUUUUGGUCUCAUAAACCAGGAGCUGGAGCUGUUACAAAUAAAGAUAAUACAGGUUCAUUAAUUAAUAAUCCAUCAAAAUCUAAUUUAUCACCAUGGAAAUCUUUUUGUGGAUAUUAUAUUGCGCAACCGUCAAAAAUUAAUAUUCGUUAA